AUGACGGAAUUCUACGACGAAGAGAAGGCCGGACGGCUGCACCCUGACGAGAAGGAUGUCAACGUUGAUGUUGGCAGUGCUCAAGGCUCUACUGAGCUUGUUGAUGAGAAGCCAGAGCAGAGCGGUGGUAUUCUCGGUACGCUAUGCGGCUGGGAAGCGACCCUCGAUCGCAAGCUCGGCAUCGAGUCUCAGGCUAUUCGCCGUAAGCUGCCUGAGGAGAAGGUGCCUCAGAAGUGGCACAACCAGGCAGUCAUGGCCCUGUUGUGGAGUGGUGGUAUCAUGAACUUGUCUUGCAUGUCGACCGGUUUCCUUGGUCCUACCUGGGGUCUCACACUCGGCCAGAGUAUCACCAUCACCAUCUUCGGUACCCUUUUGGGUGCCAGUGUUGCUGGUUGGUGCGCUACUCUUGGUCCCGGCACUGGUCUUCGAUCAAUGUCCAUCACUCGUUACAGCUUCGGCUGGUACCCCACCAAGCUCAUUGCUGUUCUCAACAUCAUCUCCCAAGCUGGUUGGAGUGCUGUGUCGUCUGCUCUUGGAUGCGUCAUCAUCGCUCUCGGCAGCAGUAUCAUCAACUUCUGCGGUCUCAAGGCCAUUCUGUACUAUGAGAAGUAUGCUUGGCUCGUCUUCUUCAUUGUCUUCAUGAUCAUGUACGGCAUGGCUGCUCCUCACGCCGUCAACAUUCCUGGCACUGAACUCCACGGCUCCAACCUUGCUGGAAACGUCCUCUCCUUGCUCGCUGUCGUCUAUGGAAGUUCUUGUUCGUGGGCUACCAUUGCUGCCGAUUAUUACGUUCACUACCCCAUCAACACCUCCAAGGUUAAGGUUUUCACUCUCUGCACUCUCGGCAUCAGCAUCCCCACCUGCAUUGGUAUGGUCCUUGGAUGCUGUGUCGGUUCUGCCAUGACAGUCAACAAGGACUGGAGCGACACAUACACCGAUGACGGUCUCGGCUACCUGAUCCAAAAGAUGCUCUUCCCUCAAGGCUUUGCCAAGUUCAUCCUGGUCCUGCUCGUACUCAGUGCCGUUGGCAUGAACGCUCUCAACCUCUACUCCUGCGCCCUGUCGAUCCAGCAGUUCGCCCGUCCAUUGGCAAAGGUUCCUCGUACCUUCUGGGUCCUUAUCGUCUUUGGUGUCGUUACUGCUAUUGCCGUUGCCGGUCGCGACCACUUGCUUGAGUACCUAGAGAACUUCCUUUCUCUGCUCGGUUACUGGGGUACUUCGUACUUCGUCAUCGUCUUCAUCGAGCACUACUGGUUCCGUAAGGGCGACUUUGCCAACUACGAUCUUGACGGCUGGAACACCCCUUCAAAAUUGCCUAUCGGCCUUGCUGCUCUUGGAGCUUUCCUCAUUGGCGUCAUCGGUUGGUGUCUUGGUAUGGUUGAGACCUGGUUCACCGGCCCUCUUGCCAAACACAUUGGUGAGGGUGGCGGUGAUAUCGCCAAUGAGCUCACCUUCGCCUUUACCCUCCUUGCCUUCAUUCCCCUUCGCCAUCUUGAGUACCGCUACUUCAAGAAAUAA